AUGUCUGCAAAGUUGGAUUUCGGUUCGAUAUCUGGUAUAUCCAGUAAAGCAAGUAUGAAGCGUAAAUCCCUACUCCAAGCAUUGGGAAAGAAUCAAUCUCGGAACUCUUCAAUAGCUCCACCUCUACCUACACCCCUUCCUUCCUCUUCUUCCCAUCAUCCUCUUAACUCUCAACAUGCAGAAGAACAUUCUCUUUAUUCUCCGGAUUCACCAUACGCCGAAUCAAGCUCGUCUCAUACUCGAGAUCAUCAAAGAGAGAGAAGUACGAGUGUUUCGUAUCUCUCCGGCGGGAGAGUCACCAGUUCUACUGCUUUCAAGAAAGAUGGGAAAGACGAUGGGAAAGGAUCUAUAAGAAGACCAGAAGAUAUGUUUAGAGUGGUUAAAGAACGUAUGUUUGGUUGGAGUUAUUUAAUGGAAUGGUAUCAAGGCGACAUUCACUGGUUCAACGCAGUCAAAAUAUCUCAUUCUACUCUUGAACAAUCUAUAGGUCCAGGGAAAAUGGAUCAACGAGCCAGACACAUGUUCGUCCUUGGGGCUUCUUUGGCAGCGUUAUUCGAUAUAAUCGCAGUGGAUGAUUUACUGAAAGGUUUACUCAAGACGAUGGAAGAAUGGGAGCAAUGGUCAGAAGGAGGUUCUAAAGGUGUGAAAAGUAUUUUUAGGGGACAAAAAAGUGGGAAACGAUCUGGAGGAAUGGGUGAAAUGGGUUCGGGGGAUCAUGAGAGUUUUUUGUUGCCUAUCAAUCUGCCUUUCACACCAGAUUUCUUCCAAGUUCACUCCUCUUGCUGUUCCAUAAUCCGAGACGUCUACAAGAAAAUACUCAACCAAAUACUUCCUUGCCCUCCACCACCUUACGCACCACCUCCACCCGACCCAUUCUCUUUAUUUCAUCCAUCAACAUAUAUUCAUUCCGCUCCUGUUCACUCACACUCACACCCACAUCAACAUUCGCGAGCACACGAGACAACUCCACCCAAUAUGAAUCCUAAAUCACCUGGAGGUUUCUCAACCGUCACAGCAGUCACUACCCCCGGUGGAAGUUGGGACCCCUCUACUAUACGCGGAGGAGGAAAUUUUGAUUCUGAAACUCCUGGAAGUGGACCGAGAAGAGGGGUAGGGACAGGGAUAGGAAUAGGAACGGUACAAUAUGACGCUUUUCAGAUGUUGGUAAUGGGUGAAUUAGGAGAAGAUAGGAUGUUAAUUGGAGAUGGACAGAAAUUAACUUCGGUAGUGAUCGAUUUGUUUUCAAAAGUUGAUACGAAGUUGAAGAAACUCUUCUCCACCUUAUUACGCGAAGGAGACACUUUAGCAAAGAAAAUCGUAGAAGAAGAACUUUCUCUUUUAUGCGGUUCCCUCGCCGGUGGUCCAGCAAUGAAAUUCGACUUAUCUACCGCCGUCAGUGGAUCGGGUAAUGGGUAUCUUGGACCACCGCUAUCGAGAAGUAUCGGACAGAGUUCGGGUUAUGGGACGAUAAGGAAUGGAAUGGAUGUUUGGACUGAAGAAGUUAGUUGA